AUGCUGCUCGUCUGGAAGGGCGGCUCCUACGAGGUCAAGGUCCCCAACCAGGCCAUUCCCGGCAUCAUCGUCGGCGUCGGCAUCGGCUUCGGUCUGCUCGUCGCCUUCUUCCUCUGCCCCUGGCUCUACCGCUACAUCGUCGUCGAGGACUGGCAGCUCAAGUGGUACGACGUCUUCAAGGGGCCCCUCGUCCUCCGCCGCGGCGAGGUGCCCCCGCCUCCUCCCGGCUUCAAGGGCAUCGUCCGCGACUUUUACCAGGGUCGCCUCACCAAGGAGCAGCUCGAUGCCAAGCGCGCCGCCCAGGCCGCCCGUGCUGCUCGCGCUGCCGAGGGCGGUGAUGAGAUCCAAAAGGUCGCCGCUCAGGACAGCGAUGCCGCCGCCUCCGGUGCCGAGAAGGGCCUCUUCGCUGGCAAGGACGACCCCAACUCCCCGAUGACGUCUCCGAGGAGUUCGCCUCCGAGCCCGGUCACAAGUCCCUCGUCGGUCCCAAGCCCGAGGAUCUCCCUGGCACUCCAAGCAGAUGCUCUUCUGAGCGAGAAGACCGCGCUCGGUGGCGACGUCGAGGAGAUGCACUCCCGCGCCGCUCGCUACGAUAACAAGGCCGAGUUCCUCUUCACCUUUAUGCAAAUCGUCACCAACUCUGCCAUGGCUUUCACCCAUGGCGCGAACGAUGUCUCCAAGCCGCCUCCCCGAGGACGGCAAGUCCCCGUCCCCAUCUGGAUUCUCUUCUUCGGUGGUGCCGGUAUCGUCAUUGGUCUCUGGACGUACGGAUACAACAUCAUGCGCAACCUCGGCAACCGCCUGACCCUGCAGUCGCCCUCGCGCGGCUUCUCCAUGUCGCUCGGUUCCGUCGCCACCGUCAUCCUGGCUACUCGUCUCAAGCUCCCCGUCUCUACUACCCAGUGCAUGACCGGUGCCACCGUCGGCGUGGGUCUCUGCAACGGCGAGUGGCGGGCCGUCAACUGGCGCAUGGUGGCUUGGAUCUACCUCGGAUGGUUCAUCACCCUCCCCAUCACCGGUAUCAUCUCGGGAUGCCUCAUGGGUCUCAUCAUCAACGCUCCCAGGUGGGGCAUGGCCGACUAA